AUGGCCUCCCACGAAGAGAUCGUGUCUUAUGUCGCAGACUUCCUUAAGCGCCACGGCUACGUCAAAGCAGAGAAAGCUCUGCGGCGCGAAGCCGGAGAAAAAAUCAGCGAGGUCGAGGGACAGCUGGAGGAGAAGUGGGUGAGCGAGAGUGAGGGAGAGCCCAAGAGUGGAAGUGAGAGUGGAAGUGAGAGUGGAAGUGAGAGUGGAAGUGAGAGCGAGAGUGAGAGUGAGAGCGAUAGUGAUAGUGAUUCGAGCUCUUCUGACUCGAGUUCCUCAGACUCGUCAGACUCGUCAGACUCCGACUCGUCAGAUUCCGAGGAGGACGCCAAGAAGGAGCCAGAGAGCGAGAAGGGCAGCGAGAACGAGGACAGCAGCUCCAGCUCUGACAGCGACAGUUCGGACAGCGACAGUUCGAGCGACUCUGACAGCGACAGCGAGAGCUCCAGCUCUGACAGCUCCAGCUCCAGCAGUGAGGGUUCCAGCAGUGAGGGUUCAGACAGCGACAGUUCAGACAGCGACAGUUCUAGCAGCGAUAGCUCGGACAGCUCCAGCUCGGACAGCGAUAGCUCUGAGGAUUCUGACAGUGACAGUGACAGCUCCUCAGGUUCCAGCUCAGGUUCCAGCUCAGACUCCAGCUCAGACUCCAGCUCAGAUGAGUCUUCUGAUUCUGGCUCAGACUCCUCCUCCUCCUCCUCCUCCUCCGAACCUGCCAAACGGAAGGCGUCGUUCGACCGCGCGGGCUCGAAGAAGCCGCAGCUCGAGCCACCCUCGUCCUCGUCCUCCACCACAGCAUCGCAGCCAGCCUCGCCCGACGCCAGCGCGCGCACGCUGAUCCCCGCCGCCGUCGAGAAGCCCCGUCCCGGCCAGCGCGACCACUUCUCCAGAAUCGACAGAGAAAAAGUCGCCUUUGAGGACCACGUCCUCAUGGACAACACCUACAAGGGAGCAGCAGGCACCUGGGGUGAACAGGCCAACGACCGUCUCGGCCGCGUUAGAGGCAAGGACUUCACCAAGAACAAAAAUAAAAUGAAGCGUGGCUCGUACCGCGGCGGCUCCAUCACCAUGGCCAGCGGCAGCUACAAGUUCCAAGACUAG